AUGAAAAUCCAAUGGCUAACACCAGGACAGUCAAUCACAGCUUCCGACACCAUUGUAUCUGCAGGAAAUGUCUUCAAGUUAGGAUUCUUCAGUCAUUGGAAUGGAAGCUCCAACCGAAAUUACCCACUCACUGAUUCUUCUGCGGCUUUUAGCAUCAGUGAUGAUGGAAACCUCGCGAUACUAAAGGGAAAAAUUUUUUACAUGUUGACUAACAUAUCAUCAAAUGGUAACACUAGUGCUACCCUUUUGGAUUCAAGAAAUCUUGUUUUGAGAGAUAAGACAUCUGGCAGGGAAGACCAUGGCCCUGGAGUUUUCUCUCUGGAAUUUGAUCCUCAAGGCAUGCCCCAGUUCUUCAUCUUGAAGGGAUCUCAAAAGUAUUGGACUAGUGGGGUAUGGACUGGACAAAGUUACCGAAUGAUCCCUGAUAUGAGAGCUCGCAAUAUACACAUCACCUAUGUUUUCGGCCCGUGGUGGAGCAAUUUCACUUACUUUGUUACUGAUGCUUCCGUCACGAAUAUAUUUGUGUUAGAUGUAUCAGAGAAACUUCAACUGCUGUCGUGGUCUAAAACUACUCAUCAAUGGGAUUUGUUUUGGUCUCAACCGAGCCAGCAGUGUAGGGUUUAUGCCUACUGUGGGGCUUUUAGCAUUUGCAUUCAAAAGGCCCUUCCAUUUUGCCAAUGUUUGUCGAGUUUUGAACCCCAUUCUGUACGAAAUUGGAAUGCAGGAGACUUGUCAAGAGGGUGUGUGAGAAAAGCCCCUUUACAAUGUGUCAUUGAUAGUCAUGCCAAUGGACAUAGUGACCAGUGA